AUGGCAUCGCCGUAUGUUGCUAGCGGGUCGUUAUCCCAAGAGGAUCUUCAUAGGAUGCUGUCUCCAAGAUUAGCGAAGUUGUCAGCUGAAAGGGAAAGGGAUCAACCAUCGCUCCGAAACAGGCGCCCUACUGGAACAAGCGCCAAUGUGGAUGAGGUUGAUGAUUAUAAUGUUAGGAGUCGUUCUCUCCCUGAUCAGUUCAGAGGAAACCCUACGCACGAAUGA